CUCCAAAUGACCACUUACUAUAUAGCAACCGGUCCCAGAUUAACUCUACUCUGAAAGCUUGUGAAGAUGCAUUGCAUGAUGCAGAAACAGCAUGCAGGCUUCAGCCGUACUGGUUGAAAGGUCACCUAAGGAAAGGACAAGCAUUAGCUAAUCUGGGGAAAACAGAAGAAGCUUUAAGAGAGUUUCUAUUCUGCCUUGCUCUAGAUACUGGGAACAAGACAGCCAAGUCUGAGGCACAAAAGCUUCUACUUAGUUUGUUUUCACUCAUCCCGGGAAAUGCUCAGGAACACUUACCCGAUAUCCUGCAGCUGUUGUCACAUCACUCUAGAUUAAAGGGGAAUCUCCUAAAUUCAGUGGGAUCUGGAGGCACCAGCCAUAAUCUACAAAGGUUGCUCAAGGUAAAUGUGGAACAGAAAAAGGGGUUCUCCAUUCCAGAGGAACCAAAUGUAACUACUUCUGGUAGUUUGAGGAAAUCUGUACAAAUUACAGAGAGCAAAAAGGACUGCUCAGAGGAGGAGAACAAGUUCACCUCCAUGCCAGAGUCUACUUUUCUCAUUUCUGAGAAAUGCAGCCUCCUGAAAAGGAAGUGCUGCUCAGAGGAGAUGCGAAAUGCUGAGGUACCCUGCAAACUGAUGAAGAAAGAUGCAGUUGAUAUUAAGGGCAAUAGUACUGGACAACAUAUUCCUUUUGAAGUUGUAGAUCCAUCAGAUUUGGACUGCUCCCUGUGUAUGAGGCUCUUCUAUGAACCUGUCACUACACCUUGUGGACACACCUUCUGUCUCAAAUGUCUGGAGAGAUGCCUGGAUCACAACCCAAAAUGUCCUCUGUGCAAGGAAGGGCUCUCAGAGUGCUUGGCAAUGAGGAAAUACUGUAAAACUGUGCUCAUGGAGGAGUUAAUAGCCAGAUAUCUUCCAGAGGAACUCACCGAAAGAAGGAAGAUUUACGAGGAGGAAAUAGCAGAGCUUUCCAACCUAAAUAAGAAUGUUCCUAUAUUUGUCUGCACAAUGGCUUAUCCCACAGUCCCAUGUCCUUUGCACAUCUUCGAGCCAUGCUAUCGCCUGAUGAUCCGGAGGUGCAUGGAGACUGGCACCAAACAGUUUGGGAUGUGCAUCAGUGACCCCAUAAAGGGGUUUGCAGAUUAUGGCUGCAUUCUGGAGAUAAGAAACGUUGAAUUCUUUGCUGAUGGUCGCUCUGUCGUAGACAGCAUUGGCAAGAGGAGAUUUAAGGUGAUCCAGCACAGCCAACGUGAUGGCUACAAUACAGCAGAUAUUGAGUACAUUGAGGAUCAGAAGGUGCAAGGACAAGAAUAUGCUGCAUUACUUGUUCUCCAUGAUUCUGUCUAUGAUCAGGCAUAUAUGUGGUUUAACUCCCUCAAGCAAGCACUCAAAAGUCGAAUUCUCAGUCAUUUUGGUCCAAUGCCAGCUAAGGAUCCUGACCCACAGGCUAACCCUAAUGGCCCAGCCUGGUGCUGGUGGGUCCUGGCUGUCCUUCCACUUGAGAACAGAGCUCAGCUGCCGUUCCUGGCCAUGAAAUCCCUCAAAGACCGCUUGAAUGGCAUCAGACGUGUCCUUACAUUCAUGUCUCGUACAAGAUCACGGUGAUGGUGAGGAGAGCUGUGAAGUCUCCCACAGUCCUUGACUGUAGACUGUCUCUUGUAACUUCAUCUAACUGCAAUAAUGUCUUACAGAUUUGAGUGUCAGGAUGUUUCAAGCCUGAAUUUCAAAGAGAAUGAGUUAUAAAGAGCAAGGGAUGUUUAUGGAUACUUCAAUAGUUUCCAUUUGGAACUCUGAGAUGAUUGUUUAAUCACUGCACUGCUAAAUUAAUAACAAAUGUGAUAGAACAAAAAGUGAUCUUGUUUGCCAUAAACCUUUUAAAAAUCUUAA